AGUUGGAGAAGGACGACAAUGAAAUCUCUGCUAAUCUAGCUACAAACCAGGCUGCAAGACAACUUAAGCGACAUCCAGCCCGGGCGUCCAGCCAUCAUAUUACCGCAUACACACGGCCCAUGACCGUCGAUCACACUAAUGAAGCCCUUCAGUCGAGAAGUUGACUCAACCAUGUCAUCGUCGAUACAGUUCCACCACAGGAAAGUAAGAAGUAGCUGGCCUACUCUGUUAUCAAUAUACCUCAUCUAUCUCAUACUGUCUUGCGUAGUGGGCGUAUCUGCCCAAACGCCAUCGACGUCACAAUGUACCACGACUGUUGAUGGCGCUGAAAGAAUUACGAACUGUAGCAGUUUGGGAUUGAGUUCGGUUCCAGUUGAUCUGGACCCAUUAACCACAGAACUAUAUCUCGAUUACAACAAUAUUAAUACAAUCAGGGACAACUCAUUUUCGUAUCUUCAACAAUUGAAAACUUUGAGUGCACGUAGUAAUGGGAUGGUUACUAUUGAACAACGUGGUUUAGCUGGACUAACCGAGUUAGAUGUUUUAGACCUUUCGGAUAACGAAUUGGUUUCUAUAUCUGCUGAGGCACUUGAUAACUGCAACCCCGAUCAUGUAACAAUUGACGGCAAUCGUUUUACGGAGGAAACAUUACGUCAAUUUUCAUCAACUCUUGCUGGCAAGAGACUGUCUAAAUUGUCAGUGAAAGGGAAUCCAACAUUUGUAAACAUUACGCAGGACACUUUCAAACCUAUUUUCAAUUUACAGUUUCUUGACAUCUCAGGCUGCGAUAUUAAAAGCUUGCCUAAAAGUGCUUUCGAUGGAUUUAGGCGCCUAAAAGAACUUCAUAUAGAAAACAAUACCAACUUAGCUCAUAUUGAUAACGAUGCAUUUUUGAACAUGCAGCAACUGGAGACAUUAUCGUUAGCUGGGUGCGCCUUGGAGCGUGUAACAAAUUUUUUAAAAGACAAAGCUGUGGAUCUACAAUCUUUAUAUAACAUGGACUUGUCUCGAAAUUUGAUUUCAACUAUUGAUGCGUACUCAUUUUAUCCAAUGAAAUCCAUCCGACACCUUGAUUUAAGUCGGAACAAAAUUGAACGGAUCACAAUUUAUUUCGAAUUCGUCGGACUUACGGGUUUAAAAUAUUUGAAUCUUAGUAGAAACCCUCUUUUCUCCAUUGCUGGUAACUCUUUUCGUGGCAUGUCUGAUAUUGAAACAUUGGAUCUGAGCGAUUGCCAGUUUUCCAGUUUAAGAGGUCAAGAACUUUAUGGACUCUAUACUUUGUCUAUACUAUAUUUGAACAACAAUCCUUUAACUCUCCUGUCAGACACCGUCUUUAAAAACCAGUCAAGCAUGUCUGAAGUACAUCUCACCAACUGCCGGCUGACGGAAUUGACAGCGUCAUUCAAAGGACAUGACUUCAUUAAAAUAGUUGCAGACAAUAACCGAAUCAGAAACAUCGCUCCCGAUGCAUUUGACGGUUGUACCCGCCUAAAUGAAAUCCAGGUUCAAGGGAAUAAUCUCCAAACAAUCCCUGAUGCACUAUGUAGCAAUCCAAACAUACAGAAAGUUGAUAUAUCAAAUAAUAAGUUCAACAGCAUAGAUUCCAAAACUACGGAUUGUUUACGGAAGUGGAGCUUUUUUGACGGUAGCAAGAAUCCAUACACGUGUGAUGGAAGACUCGUGGACUUCACUGUAUUUGCAAACGACACUGGAAGGUCUGUAGUUCAACAAUGGCCAGAUGGAUAUCGCUGUAAUACCCCUAUAGAGUGGCAAAAUCAAACAGUUCACCAUUAUAUCAAUACACAGUGGCUAACUACAACAACGACAACCACCACAACAACGGUUGCUCCGACAACGGAAAAGGUGACAACUGUUCCUACAACAAUAGCUACUACUGUGACUACAAAUACCAUAGCAACUACUUCACCUUUUAUCACAACAACCCUACCUUUAACACCAACAACCAACAAAUUAGAAAACAUUUCAGAACCUUUUGAAAGUAGGCAAAUUAGUGAUCGUGAUAUGGUCAUCAUUUGUCUAUCCACAUUGCUUGGUGUUGCCUUCAUUAUUUUUCUAAUUGUAUUAUUGUACGUUGUUAUCUUUAAUGGGCCACGAAGAAAUAAAUCAUGGACAGUGAGAAGUGAUAUGGAUAACUCACAUAAGCAAUCAUACAAUAAAUUUGAAAUGACAAACAUUGAGAUACGCAUACAAAUAGUAGGUAGACAGUAGCAUGAUGGUGAAUUUUUUUCAGAUGAGGCUAAAUCAAAUGGAAUUGCUAUUGUCCAUUAAUUGAUAUUUAGCCUAUAUUGUUUUCGUCACAUCACUCAAUCACAUAUUUGAAUAUGAUCACAGAACAUAUACUAGUUUUAUGUACAGGUUGACAAAAUAGAUGCAACCCCUAAUUCUGGAAUAGAAUUUU